GGAUCUGGACACGGAGGGGGCGGGUCCGGUCCAGGGCCCGGUCGCAGCAGCUGUGCGAGCCGCUGAGGGACUCGGGAGGCGCAGGGCGGCCCCGGGGAUUUGCUUGGCCGCUGCUGCCGCCUCGGUUCCCCCUUCCCCCACCCGCUUUUCCCGGGGAGGAAAGUAACUUUGCGGCCGCGGGGGCAGGGCGUGUGCAGCCGCAGAGAGCCUCCCUCUUUCCCCGGCGAGGAGUUUGCACCGCAUCGUCCUUGCAGGAGCGUCCCGGGAGCCGGGCUCUGCAUUGCCCGGAGCCGGAGGGAGCCUCGCCCCGAGAGCCGGGCUCUGCAUUGCCCGGAGCCGUCCUCCUGCAGGGGCGCCCCGGGGGGAGCGUCUCCCCGUCCCGCCCGGAGCCAUGUCCCUGCUGCGGGUGGCGGAGCAGGAGCCGCCCCUGCAGCGCUGGCUGCCCACCCACGUCCAGGUGACCGUGCUGCAGGCCCGGGGCUUGCGGACCAAGGCAGGGGGCGGCGGGGGGAAGCCGGGCACCAGCGAUGCCUACACCAUCAUCCAGCUGGGCCGGGAGAAGUACAGCACCUCGGUGGCGGAGAAGAGCUCCGGCAGCCCGGAGUGGAAGGAGGAAUGCGCCUUCGAGCUGCCCCCGGGGGCCCUGGAGCUGGAGGAGCCGGCGGACUGGGGAGGGGGCUCCCCCCGCGGCCAGCGGGGCUGCGAGCUGGUGCUCACCGUCAUGCACCGGGCGCUCAUCGGCCUGGACAAGUUCCUGGGCCAAGCCACCGUGCCCCUGCAGCCGGUCUUCAGGGAGAGCCGCUCCAUGAAGAGCCAGUGGCACAAGCUACAUUCCAAGGCUGGGAAAAAGGAGAAGGAGCGAGGAGAGAUCCAGGUCACCAUCCAGUUUACCCGCAACAACCUGACGGCCAGCAUGUUCGACCUUUCCAUGAAGGACAAGCCCCGGUCGCCCUUCGGCAAGCUGAAGGACAAAAUGAAGGGGAAGAAGAAAUACGAUUUGGAAUCUGCCUCUGCUAUCAUCCCCAGCAGCACAGGGGCCCUCGACAUGGAGGAGGACUACGAGCUAGGGCGCAAGAAAUCCAAAGGCAAGGGCGGUUUCUUCAAGAACAAGCUUCGCAAGUCCUCCCUGACCCAGUCCAACACCUCGCUGGGCUCCGACAGCACCACCUCCUCAGCCAGUGGUAGCCUGGCUAACAACUUUGGCAUAACCAUCAACGUUCCCGAGGUAACCAAAUCCCCGAGCAGACACAGCAGUCUGUCCACAGAGCACUCUGUGAAAGACUAUCUGCCUUCACCAAAAUUAACCCACAAGAGAGCAUUCAGUGAUGAGAUCUCCCAGGUUAACGUGGUAGCAGAGCCGAAAGCAAUCCAAAGCCUGAAGCCAAAGAAUGACCCUGUCUCCAGAUCCUCUCUCUGUGUCAAUGGAAGCCAUGUUUACAGUGAUGAACCUGCACCAAAGAGCCCGAUGUCUGGCCUACCGAGCUCCUCACCGCUGUCCCUGCCUCUACAGAAUAUCGCCAGAAAGUCCGAGGAGGGUUUCCAUGCUGGCUUCCCUCCUCCUGACUCUGAAGACCUGCCAUGGGGAGCCAGCAGCUUUGAGAAGGGGCAGCAGAAAGAAGAGCCCAGAUUCCUUCCCUCUCCUCCCAGCUUAGCAGUACAAGAGGAGAACAAGGUCUCAACCAAAGCGGUAACCCUCAGCAACCACCUAGGCAGAGCCAAGUUGGAAGAAGGCAGCCGCUUAGAGAUCAAACCCGUGCAGAUCGCAACACCGCUGGUCUUCUCCAUGGAGGUGACGAAAGACAAACCCCUUGAGGAAACCAGAAAGGAAGACAAGAAGUCCAAGAUCAGCCUCUUCCACCACGGGGGGACCAAAAGUGAUGCAGGGAACAAGAGCUUGGGAGAGAAGCUGGGAUCAUCCCUGACCGUAUCUCCACAAGUAACAGCUGCUGGAGACGAGAAGAGUAAGAGCAGCAGCUGGUUUGGAUCCAAGGACACCAAAGAACCUUCUCAGAAACCCAGUUUCCACUCUGGGUCGCAAGCUACCAAAGAGGUCGUUGGGCACCUUUAUUCCUCUGAGGAUUACAGUCCCUCUGCCUCCAUAGGACUUAACAAACCACAGCAGGAGUCUUCAACCCAAAGCGCUGGCGCCCCUAUUCCAGAAGCCACUCCCACACCCCAAGGACUCCGCCCUCCUCGAGAACAGACUCCUGUUGCUCCUCCCGUCUGUGACUGGGAUGACACCUUUGAUGCCUUUGCAACGAGUAGACUCAAACCAGAAAUUGGGGAGGAAAGCCUUUUGGCUUCUGUAGUUAUGGAGGGCCUGGCCUACGUCGAUGAUCCGAGUCCAACAGAAAGCCCAGCUGAACUGGCUCAGGAAAACAAGACUGAGAUAGCGAAGACUGAGCCACAAGCUAUUGAUGAAGUGUCUCUAGGCCCAGGGUCCUGGGCAGAUGUAACGCUCUUAAAAGGAAUGGAGGCAAACUUACUGAAGACCGCGCAGGAAGCUACGCUGAGAGAAGAUGGUGUGUUGGGUCAUUUGCCUUUAAGCUCUCUGUUGGAGAGUGAGAAAACUAGCACCUCUCCACCUUGGUCAGCCUGGUCUGCAGUGGGAGCUUCGGGGAAGGAGGAGGAUGUAGCAGCAUUGACUACUCAAAAUAGUGCCAGAGCGAAAUGGGCCCCAGAAACGGUGCACGUAGAAAAACCGACUGUAGCAUACAAUGAGGAGGAGCCCAGUAGUGCAGGGGAAGAUGAAUGGACAACCACAGGCACAGAAACAAUUGGCGGCCUAUCGGAAAGCGACCGAACCGUCGCCGAGAAGGAACACGAGGUUGAAGAGAGCCGGUUCAGGCCGUGUUCACCUUCCGAUGACGGCAUCUUUGAAGAGGAAAGCAGCCCUGUGAGUGCCCCAGGCUUAUUGACCAAAAGCAAUUUAGUCUUGGAGAAACCCAGUGAGGCACUUCCUGGGAAUAACGCUGUCCUACCAUCAUUGGUGUCAAAAGUGGAAGCAGCGGAGAAGCCGUCAGCUGUAGUCGACGUCAGUGAUGGUCAGGAUUCUAGUAACACAGAGGGGAUGAUUGAUAUAAAGCCACUCGGAGGUGGGCUUCAGAUAUGUGCACAACUGGAGGCAGAUGAAGCCAGCAUGAAACUAGGUUCUGACUUUCACGAGACACACGUCCCCUCCGCUGUAUGGACUGAGACCCCAGAGAGAGAGGAUCAGAACAGCGAGGCAGCUGGUUUGGAGAUGACCAUGGGGGCACCGCCGCCAAAGCCUCGGAGAUGGUUCACACCCGGGGAUUUCAGAGAGGAAGGUGAUGAGGCCAAUUUGGAGACGCAGAGGAGCCAGCAAGACAACGAAUCUCAGCGUGAAAAUGAGGAGGGCCCAGAGGUGGAAAUUGACCCGCAAUAUACCCAUGUAAGCCGAGAGAACGGUUCCCCAGUGGCUGCCAGCCCACCUGCGUUGAGAGCAGCGAUAAUUGAAGCAAAAGCGAGGUCUGUCCCUUCGGUCGCUGGAGAUGCUGAUUCCGCCACAGAGGACUGGGUGGCUAAUUUGAAGGCAAAAGCUAAUGAGUUCGCAGAACGGGACGCCUCUUCUGGGGAAAACCUGCUAGAGAUAAAUGAGGAGACUGGAGCUGAGCAGUUCGAGACUUGCCCUUCGAAAUUCUCACUAGACAGAUUAGGCCUGUCAGAUGCUGAAGACGACGCAAACAAAUUGGAAACGGUAAAGCCAGGCUUCCCUCCCCAGUCACAAGAGCUCACCGAGCGACGCUCCGGCGCCGGGUGGGGCUUGUCGGAGACUGCACCGGCGUUCCCAGAGAGGAACGAGAUACUCCCUGAGCAGCUGAUUCCUUCAAAGCCCGAUACUCCUAGAGAUCCGGAAUCCAGCCGAUCGCUGCCGUUCUGCAUGGCUGUGGAGGAGCAGUGGCCAGCUACUCACUACCCGAGCCCCAGCCCAGCUAGCCAGCUUGAAAGUCCUCAUCCAGUGAAGCCCAUAAGUGCUGCCGUGGCAGAGGUCUCCGGGGAGAAGAAGCAGCACAGGUCCACCCUGACCACUGCCCUGAGCAGCGGCCUGGAAAAGCUGAAGACCGUCACCACGAGUAGUGUCCAGCCAGUGACCCCUUCAUCGCAGCUGGAGAAAGUGGAGUCCAAGAAGCUAAAGGAUGCUGCUCUGCCGGACCAGUCUGCCAAGUAUUAUCACCUGACCCACGAUGAACUCAUCCAACUGCUGCUGCAGAGAGAGAAGGAGCUGAGCCGGAAGGAGGAGCACAUCCAUGAACUGGAGAACUACAUUGACCAGCUGCUGGUGCGCAUCAUGGAACGGUCUCCCACCCUCCUUCAGAUCCCCCUGGAAAAAAACACGACCAGCAAGUAACCUCUGCUCAGAGAUCUCCUUGGCGUCACUUGCCCACAGCACUCCUGGAAUAAACACGCCAAAGACACCGGAUUCUGCCCCUGCACACACUCUGUCCCCACCUCUUACAAGUAAAACCCAAGAGGGCUUUGGUGGCCCAUACAAAUGCGCAGAGAGUCUUUCAGUAAAGACUAGCUGUAUCACCUAACAAAUGUGCACUAGCUCCAGGAAACGAUCUCAUCGGGGCAUAGAACACUGCAAUGCCCCGCCCAGGAACUGGACUUCUCCCCCACGGCCUGGCAGCAUGGUUCAGGAACAUCUCCUGCCAAAGCUGGAAGGAGUCCAUGGAACUGGACGCCUGAGAAUUGGAAAUGUGCCAUCUAGCCCCUGACUUCAAGCUACCACCCCUGCCUGUGUUCCCAAAUGACCCUGGUCUAUCAGAAAUGGGGUGUCCUGGCUUGCUAAGAAAGUUCUCUGGAUCGCUGCUGCUGCUGCCACAGCUGAGGAACCUUACGUGUGACACCGGAAAAUCACAAGUGUGUGGCUCUUCCCCAUCUUGCUGUGCAUGCCAGUGAGGCAAGGGGCGAGAGGGAGGUCUAGCUUCACCUCUCUUCCUGUAUUUCGAUGGGAACCGUUUCUUUGCCAGCCCAAAGGAAAGGGUUCCCCAUCCAAUUAGGAAGCUCCUCUCUGAGCACUAAGUCCCUGGCCGUAUGGGAGCGGAGACAAAAAGUGACACUGGUGAAAUCGGCUGAGCGUGACUAAGCAUGUGUCAGUGCUGGAGCACGAGCUGCGUUGGUAACUUUACUGCACGUUUGCCUCUGUGACAAAACCCACUCUUCCUUACCCAGCUCAGAACAGAACUUCAUCCCCGUGGCUUCCGGGGAAGGGACCUGUUGAUGUUCAUGCAGCAUCUGUCCCAUAGAACUUCCUUCUCAAAGCCACCCUACCCAUCAUCUUGUUGGCAUCAGUCAUGGCUGAUAUUUCUGCACAGUAUUAUCUCGUUAAACACCUCUAUUCGUGUUUACAGGGCAUGUUUGAAACCACCAUGGCCCUUGACACUACUUGCCUACUUCUUUGUAUUUAUCUUUUUGUUAAUGUGCCUGGAAGAUGCCGUAAGGAACAGAAGCUAGAGUGUGACUGCCCAGCCCUGUCUGCGUGCAUGACAGCCCAUUUAGCCAGAUACAAUCUAUAAUAAACUAGCAACUCACCACUCUAAAAUACCCCCAGGAUUAACAUUAUGCCUAGGGCCUAGAUGUUUCACUGGGCCAGCACUCUCAGGAGGUGUCUAUGUAGCGCUAGAUUUUGGGGCCUCAAUGAACAAGCUCCUCGUUGGCUGGUUGGUUUAGUAGCUGCAAGUGUGGUGAGGCCGAGGGCUUGACUACGAGUGGUACACCUGGGACAGUAGAAAACAGCAUAGUUGCUGGUUCUGAUGUGCAAUUGGGCGGGGCCAGAAGUUGCUGUUGUCUUCCAUUUUGGUUUUUAGCUCUUGUCAGUUUCUUCUCUCUGUUCCAUCAAGGCAUUGGGUGGCAGGUCCUCUUGCAGGUGAAGAAGCGGCCGUGUUAUCCCAUCGAGACAGUGAGGACAGGGCCUGGCACCUAACUUGACUUGGACUUCAGUGUCCUGAGCCUGGCAAAGGGGCAUUGUUUCCACUGGAGCCCCUGGAGUUUUUGCUGGAGCUUUUAAGCCUUUUUCACAUUCUUUCACUGUUACCUGUUUAAAUGUAUUAAAAGCGACUUCGGAAAGUUGUGCUUUUGGUAAUAGAAUAAGAGCAGUUUCCUGCUAAAAUGGUUGAUUCUUUAAACCCAACCUGCAGUCCAAUGUAUUAUUGUCCUUACCUAGCCCAGCCUUGCAAAAUUCUACUUGCCCGCCAGGCUCAGGUAAGUUGGGGGUGGUUUUGUUUGGUUUUUAAAGCAGAUAAAACAGACCAUCCUGGGCAAAGGGUGGGCAAGUCGCUUUGUGUUCCGGGGGUGGAACACUUUUAUGCAAGGCUGGUGUAAUUGACGUUUUCUAUAAGGAUAGUAAUACGGGGUGUAUGUGCCAAGGCAAAGGGUGCCUGGGUAAAGCCAGUGCUAGAACCUGUUAGGGAGUCAUGCCCAAAGGAAGCGUGAGUCUGCCAGGGAGGAGAGAGCUAUUGGAACAGGAGGCAGCAUGUUGAUGGGAGGAGCGGUUUUAAAAGGGGAUCUGAUAUUACAGUAAUUGAGAAUUUCUGGCCAUAUCCAGUCUGUAAAAUAUCAUAUAAGGAGGAGGAUCUUAGUCCCUUAAACACUGGCCGUGAGCAUUUUGGUCCUAUUUGCCUUUGUUUCUAAUAGGAAAGAAGUCCGGGGUUUGCAUUUAUCUGCCUGCAUUGUUGUUCUUUGUGUGCAUGUGUCGCGGGGAGGGUGGGGGUAUGUUUAUAUUGUACAGUUUAGGGUUUUAAGAAAUGUAUCCAGCCUUUUUUCUUCAUACCAGUUCAAGUACCAAGAACUUCUCUUUGCACGUACAAUCAAAAGGUUCCCCUGGAGGGAGACCCAGGUCCCUUUCCUGGUUGUAUGCCUCUUGGAAAAGGUCUUCCUUUUAUUUGAGGAGGAGUUGCAUCCAGUGUGGUUUAAGGAGGCAAAAUUUGCGUAAAAACAGUUGUGCAACUAAACCUACCACACCGUGGUGUGGAAGGGAGGGCAUGAUCAAAGACAGGCUAGCUGGAACAUGGAGGCCUGUGUCAGAUGGGUAUUAUAAAGGAGGGAAGUCGGUAGUAUUUCAUCUCUAUGAGAAUAAAUGUGUCCAUACUGGCUUUUCGGCAGCCUGUUUAUAAAAGAUGCCUGCCCUGUUCUGUCUGUCCUCUGAAAUAUACCUGCUUCCUUGGGGUGGCACAACUCACCGCUGGGGGACUGCCAUCAUUUCACUGUUCUUCCCGUGUACCAUGCAGCAGAAACAUACGAGACCAGAUCAUGCUGCCUGGUACCAAACGGUUCCUCCUGUUGGCUUGAUCCCUGGACAGCCUCUAGAGCCAAUUAAUUGCUCUCUUGGAUAGUCUUUCUUGUAGGAUUUUGUUUGGUCUUCUCAUCCUGAGGACUGACUUAUUGUAGGUGCUUUCCACACCCACACAAGUGCCAAUGUUUUUAAAGAGCUCUCUGCACCCCUAUCCGCUGCUUCUUAAUCCUUUUGUUACGAUUUAAUCACAUCUUUCUGCCUUAGUCUGUUUUCUGCCUUUUCAAAGCUUGAAUGUUUGGCACUUUAUCUAUUCAAGAUAACCUUGAAGAGCUGCAUCACAAAGAACUGUACCAGGAAAAUGGACUUGUUUAACGGGAAACGUGUUUCCUUUCCUCCUCUCUCUGUAUCCCACUGCUGUGGGAUUGAACCCCAUAGACCACCUUGCACCAAAGGAAUCCACUCAGUGAAAAGUUGUACGUAGCUGAAAACGCUGCCAAGCGGAUAUAGUAGCUUUAAAAUGUCCAAGCCUUGAUUCUACACUGGCAGGGAUGCUCUGAGAAACCACUUGGGGGACUCAGCGUUCCUGGUGGAGCAGGUACUGCAUGGGCAGCACGACAUCUGAGUUAACCAAAGUUAGAGUGUGGGGAGUAUGGCACAAACCUAAUGAUGGUCAUGGCUAAGAGGGUGUGGUCCAUCCCUCCCCUGUUUUGGGUGUCAUCGAAUUGACUGUUAGAAUGUUCAGAAGUCAGGAAUUUGUGAUUGAACUUGGCUAGGGAAAGGCAUCCUUGAGGAGAGGUGUCUUUGGUAAGUCCACUUACUGUUUUGUCCUCCAUUUCUCCACUGCCUUACAAAUCUUUCUCCCCAAGUGAUUAUGCACCACAUAAUGGAGCAGAGAAUUUUAAAUAUACCACAAGUGUCCAGAGAACUUGGUUAAAACCAGAGUGGCUAUUUAAUUAACAUCAUCUGGUACUAAAAAAAAAAAUGUAUUGGAGAGUCUGAUGUGAAGAUUUUAAAAUGUAGAUGUCUUACAGAAAGGAGGCAGAGGAGAGAUGUAUUUGUUCUAAAAACGAUUGAUGCUCCUGUCCUGUAUCCGUAUUUAAAGGAGGUGGUUGUGUAAAAACAAGGAGUUGAAAGUAUGUCAUUGUCCCUAUGUACCAAUCUAAUGCUGGAACCCUCUUGGUGAGGGUUCGUCACUACAGGUGAGAUGACUUUAGUAUAUAUAGAUCACCUUCCGCUGUCAACGGUGUGGCUGUUUAUUCAGUUUGAAACAAAGCCAUUCCCGUAACUGUGUGUCUCAUCCCAGUCUAGUCGGCCUCUUCCCCACACAAACUGCUUUGCAGGGUUUUUCUGCAGAUGUGUAGCUGAUUGCAUUUAUGCUGUGCUUUGUUGUCAGCCCAUAGGGUCAGUAAACUGUUUUUUUAAAGGAAGCCCAUCAAGCAGUCUGUUUCUUUAUUUUCUCUUCCGGCCAGGGGUUAAGGGGGUACAGAAGAGAUGUCCAGUGAUGACCUUAAACUGGAACAAACCUGAAGGGAUAUGGACACUGAAAGUGUCUUGUAAAUCCAGUCUAUUUGAGUUGGAUGAUCUUGUUUGUAAAAAACAAAAACAAAAAAAACCGGUAUGUUCUGUGCUAUAAACGUGUGUUGGAAAUGCACCCAAAAAACCAGGGUUCAGACUGUUCAAAUCUGGGGGGUAUGUUGAGUUCCCUAUUCUUCACAGAGUUGGAAAGUGUUCUGCUUAUGUUUCUUGAUUUAAUAGUUGCAACUAAUGUUUAUAAAGAGCUUGUUAUUUACGUUUUAAGCACUUUAAAAAAAAUAAAAAUUGUUCAAACUGUUCCUA